UUUCCGCUUCUGGGCCCACCACCGAGCUCCACCACUCCACCACCACGAAACUUCUCUUCAAACUGGAUGGAUUAUCGGCACUAUCCCCCCCCACCACGCGUUUGGAUCGCAUUGAUAGUUGAACGGGAACCAUCUAACAAUGGACGAACACUCUGCGAGAUUAGGGGGCACUUUAUAAAUGGCCGGCCACCAGGGGAAUAGCUGUGAAACGUUAUCGACAAGUUCGAUGACACGCGUCUCGCCGUUAGUGCUUGUGCUCCUGUGGUGUUUAACUGGCUUUCUAAGUGGCUGGUAGUCGGCCGACACGCCACGGUUUUAACAGGAGAAUCGAUCAAUUUUCGAAUUAAGAGAGAAGGAGAGAGAGAGAGAUUGGAGAGGAUGUACACUACGACGGUGACUACUCGACACUCGGAGGAGAAGAAGGAGGAGAAUCGGACGGUGGAGGAGGACGUGGAACCAGUUCCACUAGCCGGGAAACGAAGCCCGGCCAGGUUACGGAUAAUAUGGCGAAAUGUGAUUGGUAUCAUUGUGCUUCAUUUCCUCGCCGUUUACGGUUUCGUGAACGGUUAUCGAGAUGCCAAGCUGUGGACAUGGAUUUGGAAUAUCGCGUACGGUGUUGUUGCCGGCUUCGGGAUAACAGCGGGGGCUCAUCGACUGUGGGCGCAUAAAAGUUAUUCCGCCAAGACUCCUUUGCGGAUCUUUUUGGCUUAUUUGUAUUGCAUGGCUGGACAGACGCACUUUUACAAAUGGAUACGGGACCACAGGACGCACCACAGAUACACGGAAACGCGCGCUGAUCCACACGACGCGACUCGUGGAUUCUUCUUCUCCCACAUCGGCUGGCUGAUGGUUAAACGGGACCCGGCAGUGAAGGAGUACGGUAGUAAAAUCGACAUGAGCGACAUCGCGGCCGAUCCCGUGAUAAAAUUCUUCGACAAAUAUUACGAGGUCAUUAUGCUCACGUUGUGCUUCGCGAUGCCGAUAUUGGUGCCGAUCCUCGCAUGGGACGAGACGUGGUUCAUAAGCUUUCACGCGGGCCUCAUUCGCUACGUGUGGUCGUUGCACGCGACUUUUAUCGUGAACAGUUUCGCCCAUAUGUGGGGAAAUCGACCGUACAACAGGAGGGUGAAACCGACGGAGAACCCGACCGUGUCUUUCUUCGCACUGGGUGAAGGUUGGCACAAUUAUCAUCACUCGUUCCCGUGGGAUUACAAGGCUGCCGAACUGGGCGCGUACGGCCUGAACCCGACCACCGGUUUCAUAGAGUUGAUGGCGCUUGUGGGGCUGGCAUACGAUUUGAAAACGCCUAGGGAGGAGCUGGUCGAUCGUACGAGCGCGAGGAAGGGUGACGGAACCAGCAGCCUAUGGGGACGACGUCGGAGAUGUUGAGAGGAAAGAUUUCGGGAAGAUUGGAUUAAGAAGACGCGUGGCAAAGAU